AUGGCGAACGCAAAUUCAACCUCGAUCAAAUACGCAGCCAUAAAAUGCGAUCUACGCACUCCGCAGUUCCCCGGUUUGCGGGCUUAUCACUGUACACAUGCCUUCCUCGCUACUUCAAUCUGCAACUGCGUUUCACUGCCUUUGCAUGCCGAACUGGAGGCUGCGGCGCGAGCUUCGUCUCUUCGUCUCUUCGUGAAAUGGUCUACGGGCACCGAAAGCGCACAUUUCUACGAUGUCCGGAAUACGAGACCGAACGCAGACAAUGGCGGACGCACAGAGGCUCGACAUGCAUAUAAACCAAACAGGAAGCCAGAGCGGAGACUUCAGCCGCUAACAAAUAACGCUCCCGCCGAUUCGUUCACGCAAAAAUCGAAAGCAUCAGUCACCACAGAAACAGAUAAUGUCCAUGUCCCUGACCGCUCCGGUGGACGUACACCAUCACCCACUCCGUCGGAAACUGCUUUCCUCAAUAACAAUCGCCUUAUUGAUUGGCAUCGCAUGAAGACGUGGCAGUAUUGGUUCGAAAGGAAUAAACUGGUGAACUACGUUAUGUUUGUCAUGAGCAUUGCUUUAGUAGUUCUUGGUGCGCGAUAUAACAAAAAAAUUGUGCACGCUCUCAAUCCUACGGCACGGCAUCUGCGUGAUAUGAGCGCGGGAUGGCUGAUACCCAUUGCUAUCCUGUUCGUCAUAGCAUUCCCACCACUUAUGGGUCAAGAGCUAGCAUAUAUUCUUAUUGGCAUCAUUUGGGGAUUCUGGAUCGGAAUUGGUGUCACGGCAGCUGGCACUAUUCUGGGCGAGAUUUGCAGUUUCCUCGCUUUCCGGUACUGCUGUAUGGUCAGGGCAUCUAAAUUUGAGGAGAAGCAUAUUCGUUAUGCGUGCUUUGCCAAAGUCGUUCGAGCCGGAAGCUUCAAAAUCGCCCUCCUGACAAGGUACACUGUAAUCCCAGGACACCUGUUCACACCUAUAUUCACUACCUGCGGGAUGAACUUCUUCCUCUUCGUGUUAGCUGUAUUGCUAUCCCUCCCAAGACAAGCUGCCUUUAUUUACAUUGGGGAUGUCCUGGAAAAGGUAGAGGCAGGUAACGAGAGACAAUUAGAUCGAAUUCUCUCUGGUGUUGUAGUCUUCGUGCUGGUGACCAUCACGAUUGCUGUCAUGCUCUACAUACGACGCCUUAUGCAUCGGGUUAAGCAUGACGUCGUUUAUGCUCGGCGAAUGACCCGUGCGGAAUCCUCACAGGCGGCUCUCGAUCGUGCAUAG